AUGUCCAUUAAUGUCCAGCAUCAUGCUGGCUGUCAUAAGACCACUAAUGACUUUGCCUCUAUGCUCGUUGAAAAAGUCAGUCGGGUCAGCUUGUCUCUUGCCUCAGAGUUUGAACUUGUUGUCAACUCCAAGCUGCUUGCUUUCAGUUGCCCGGAUUGUCAUGUGCUCGCGGAUGAUACAUUUGGUCUAUUCGUCAUGAACCAUACCCCCUCUGCCUCUCCUGCCUCAUCAUUUGGCCCUAGCCAGUCUACCGCUACUCAGGGUACCGGCUCCCUUGUCGCUGAACACCUUGCUGCUGGGCCUGUUGGGAUACCCUCCGGAUCCCAAAACUUUAUGAUUGGACGCAAUGCUUCAGCGACAUCCUCUCAUGCCUCCUCUGACAAUGCCUCGCUUGGCUCUCUUGCCCCCUCUGAGAAUCCCCUCCCUGGCUAUUCUAAGCGCAAUGAUCUGGUGGGGUCCAAUUACAGAACCCCUGUUCCUUGCCCAUCUGUCAUGGGCAUUACUGAAACUGGGUACCGCCGCUUUCUCAAGACUGGGGGGAAUGUAUCUUGGGCAGAUGAGAUUGAGAGUACCCCUCAGGACACCUCUAUGGGCCUUGGGGGUGGCAAGACUACGGAGGGAAAUGGGAUUGGAGACAGCAGGCAUGCGUCCCUGGAUCCGGAAGAGGAGGACGGGGUUGCUUUGGUUGGGGAUAGGACUCAGUCUACAGACUAUGGGUCCAUGCCCCCCCUUCCAUCUACCUUGGCAGAAACAACGUGUGAGUCACAUGCCCCUUCUGUAAGAUCCCCGGGAGUGGUAUCUACCCUCACUACAGCUGAGGUAGACAUGUUGGAAGGAUUGGAGGAGAUGGAAUGCGGGCAGGUUGUGCCAGCUCUGGGAAGUGAGGAUGGGAGUGUUGCAGACUUACCUAUGAGCUUGGGAAGGGGACGCACAUCAGAAGCAGAUGGACUUGGGGACUCGGUUUGGGCUGCCUCUUCUCCGGUAGCAAUUUGGGAAGCCUCGGUUGGGCCUGCAGACCCCAAUCGUCCCAUUGUGGAGCAGGACUUGAUGAUCGACCGUUUGGGGGAAUACCGCCGCUUCAAUGAAGUGGCAAUGGAUAUGCACUUCAUAAAGACAGUACUUAAUACCAUGGAUAACACUGUCCAUGCCUUGCAUAACCACAUUAACAGGUUAGAGAGGCGGGUUUGUGAACUCGAAGACGAGAAAGAUGCUGCUGCCCGUACUAUGGUCAACAAGAAUGUUAACCAGACAAAUAAGAACUCUGCGGUUCCUCCUCCAGUUACGCCUACUGCACCACCUGGCACUUCAGUAGUGCGGCCCACUACAAAAAACACAGGACCAGUGCCCACACUGCCCCGGAAACUGCCCACUGCUCCGGCAGUGCAAGCAGUGAGACCAUCAGAUAUUCCUCUCCCAGUGACAAAGACACUCAGCUAUGUACAGGCCGCGACAGCUGUUAGUGGGCCACAGGAAUUCACCCUAGUUCAGCGCCGUAGGCUGAAAUCUCCACCCCCCGCCCCAUUGGUAACAGUCCGGGAGAGACAUGUUGUAGUUAGGUUUGAUGACCGUGGGUCCAAGGUUGGUCUCCCUGUAGGUGUCAACACAGAGGUCUGCAAGGCUGCCCUGAAUAAGGUCCUUGCCAAUGGCUCUUCCCCUGCCCGCUUUGCAUCGUGUGUGCAGCACCGGACCUCUGGCGACCUGCUAUUGACCUUUGCCCAGCACUCUGCUGCCUCGGUUUGGAAGUUUGUUAGUGGCAUGGAACGUGCUCUCAUGGAGCUCAGGCUCCACUCAUUUGCCUUUGGUAGAGACACCACGAAGAUUAGGGUGCUGGCCUCCAACCUGCCAUUUGCUCCCUCUGGAGUUGGUACAACCUGGCAGGUUAAGGAUUGGAAAGGUGACAGUGCCUUUGACGAUAUGAUAUGGGAUCUGGAGAUGUCAAACCCGGGAUUCAAGGUUGUGGGCCACCCACACUGGGUGGGUAGUCUAGCUGGACACAAGUCCCACCGGCACACGCAGGGAUCCGUGGUUUUCACAGUGGAACUUGACCCGGGGGUUAAGGAGGCACUUGGCCGAUCAUCGGUAAUGGUCUACUCCCAUCGCUGGCCUCUUCGUGUGUUGGCUGAGAUCAAGCCAACCUCCCUCUGCCGGCGAUGUCUACAACAUGGUCACGUUGCUGUAAUGUGUUGGGCUCCUGUUGCCUGCAAAUUCUGCAAUGGCGACCAUUACUCCACAGAGCACAAGUGUCUUGUCCGGAACUGUCAGGCUGGAAAGGGCUCUCUGUGCCCCCAUGUCAGGUUAGAGUGUCACAUGUGUUCCCGUGUCGGACACCUAACCGGAGAUGCUGGCCACCCCCGUCUUCUGCGCCCAUCUCCAAUGUCUACUCCCCCCUCCUCUACCUCCUCCAGAAAGGUCAUCUCUAAAACUACUGAGCUGGGUGUUGCAGACCAAUCAGGCUGCAAGAUAGUUAACUCUGUCCAUACCAGGACGACAGACAAAGAACUUGAGAAGACUGCAGUGUUAGCUGCUCCCUCCCUGCAGGCCUCUGCGAGGUCUCCAUCCAAUUCCCUCUAA